CGAUACUCUGUUUGCGAUGCCUGAAGGCAGUGUCUUUUGUGGUCUAAUGGAUACAUCACUACUGUUAAAUCAGAAGAAGAAGGAGKUUUUAUCCCAGCUUUACCAGGAGACUGCAUCACCUCGGGCUCAUCCCUGGUCUCUACUCUGCCGAAACCGGUUGCCAGCUAUUUAGAAACCCAGAGCUAGACACUCCAGACAUCCAUGAACUACUGGAACAAAGUUCCCUGCAACAACUCUGCAAUCGCUUUAAUCCUUUGCUGGCUCAGCCCGAGGAACAUGAGGGCCGUGCUGCUCGUGCUCCUGGUGUCCGUGGCGGAUGUUGGCGCCUCGACGGACGCGGCGCAGCCGAGACGGGAGCCGCGGCGCCUCUCGUGCGUGCGCUGCUGCCGCCCGUCGGAGCAGCCCGUGCCCGUCCCCGCCUCGCGCUACACRAGGAUGAGCAAUGACCCUACCUACUCGCUUCCCAAGGUCCAGCCCACCAUAGAUAUCACCAUCCUCAAAGGUGAGAAGGGUGAAAUGGGAGAAAAAGGGUACCCUGGAGCGGUGGGAAAGGAAGGAGAGAGAGGCCUCCGUGGCUUUAAUGGACGAAAGGGCCAAAAAGGCCAGCCCGGCCCGCAAGGCCAUUCCUGCAAGCAGCUCUAUGCUGCUUUUUCAGUGGGUCGCAGAAAACCCCUUCAUAGCUCAGACUAUUUCCAGCAUGUCACUUUUGACAUGGAGUUUGUGAACCUCUACAAGCACUUCAACAUGUUCUCGGGGAAGUUCUUCUGCUACGUGCCAGGAAUCUACUACUUCAGCCUCAACGUCCACACCUGGAACUUCAAGGAGACUUAUCUGCACUUGAUGAAGAACGAGAAAGAGGUGGCCAUCCUCUACGCCCAGCCCAGCGACCGGAGCAUCAUGCAGAGCCAGAGCCUGAUGCUGGACCUGCAGGAAGGAGAGGAGGUCUGGGUGCGGAUGUUCAAGCGAGAGCGAGAAAAUGCCAUCUAUAGUGAGGAGUCUGAUGUUUACAUCAUCUUCAAUGGCCAUCUCAUCAAGCCAGCUGUAGAGUAGCUGUUCUUCGGCUUUAGGCUCCAAGCUUUUUUAGGGAUUUUGUCAGCUGCAUUAACAUUUUCCCUCUUAGAAGUGCACAUGUCCAGCUCUACUUGGAAGGACCAUGACUGGCAGCAUCUUGGACCAUGGAUGGGGUUGUCUGAAUAGUCCAAGAAGAAGGUGCCAGUGUGGAUGGAGGGGUGACGUUUUGAGGUGAUGCAAGGAGAAGGUUUUAGUCCUUACGUGCCCUGGGGAUGAAGCACGUGAGGCACCAACCUGCAGCACCGCAGAGAUCCCCACUUACAUCUCCAUCCGAUUAGUCUGCCAGGUCAGGAGCAAAAAAUUAACCACUUUGCUCUGCUUUAAAGACGACAUUUUAAUUAGAUCUAAGGACCAUCUUCAAAUACCRGUUAUCUGGGUGCUAGUUAAGGAAUGUAAUUACUCCCACAGCAUUGCUAAGACGUCUUUGCAACGUGCAGGAACUGCUAAUAAGAUGAAGAGUCUACUCUAUCACUUACAGCCGGGGCGGGCGACRAGAGUGCAGCACGGUGAAUAUUUCACACAGUACAUUUACCCUAAAUUAUACUUUUGUUCCGUUUCAUGUAAUACGACGUUCUGAGAACAUGAGAAUUGCAUAAAUAACAGCACACUGAUCUGGCAAAGCUUUUUCAGAGGCACAGAGUUUAAGGACAGAUGUUGCUGCACACAGCGACUCUGCUGGACUGCUGUGUUCUUAACCAUGAGAAUACUCAGCGCGGGUGGAAACCUCUAUAUUCCCGUGAAAACUGCGGGCUCUACUCUAGGAUCCGAUUUGCAAGUGCUCAUUGCUGAGUGGAAGUGUAAGGACAUCAGCAUGUCUGAACACUACCACCUUACAGCAUCCACGUUCCCAGAAAUUGGAGAAGAAAAAUAGAAAGAAAAUAAUAUUUUAUUGCAAACAGU